AUGUUCAGAGACAGAACAAACCUCUUCCUAUCCUAUCGUCGAACAAUCCCACGUGACUCAAUCUCCCCAUACAAAUCAACAGGAUUCUCUAGUGCCACUGCCGAUGACGAUCUAGAAUCGCAACAACCUGAAUCACAAUCUUUCUUGCAUUCACGAUAUUCUGACCAGCCUGAUGACAGUGAGAAUGGAGGAGGAAUUGAGAUGAAGCCGAUCAUUCCUAGUAUUUUCGACAUCGCGAAGGAGUUAGAUGAGGUCUUAAGAGUGAUUCAGAAUGAUAUUAAUAGUUUGAAUACUAAAUAUAAGAAAUUGAUAAUUAUUAAUAAGAAUGAAAGAAAAGAUCAUGAACAACAAAUUGAUAAUUUGAAUUAUGAAGUAUUAAAAAGAUUUGAGAAAGGAUAUGUCUUAAUUAAGAAAUUUGAAUAUUUGAGUAAAAAUCAUGAAAAAUUAGGAUUGAAUUAUAGUUUACAAGAUUUAGAAAUAUUACGAAAUUUUAAAACUUUUUAUGCUAGUAAAAUACUGGAACAUCUGAUUGUAUUCCGUAAUCUUCAGAAUAAUUAUAUGAAAUUCUUACAAGCUGAUGAAGAUGAAGAAUUUGGAUUAUUGGCCAGUGAUGCUAGAAAAUCAACUUCACGGACUUCGACUCCAUUGCCAUUCGAUCCGAAUGCUACUACAAGUGCAUCCACUGACAACAUCGAAGACUACUCAAAGCAAGUCUUACUCCAACAACAACAACAGCAUGGGGAUUCACAAUAUUUACUCCAACGAGAAAGAGAGAUCUCAAGUCUUGCAAUGGGGAUAUUGGAAAUCUCAACCAUUUUUAAAGAAAUGGAAUCAUUGGUCAUUCAUCAGGGGACGAUAUUGGACAGGAUAGAUUAUAAUCUUCAAACUACAGUCCAAGACUUAAAAGAGUCUGAUAAGGAAUUGAUUAAAGCUAAAGGAUAUCAGAAACGGACUACGAAAUGUAAGAUAAUUUUCUUUUUGUGUUUGUGUAUUUUUGCAAUUGUUAUGAUUAUAAUAGUGCGUCCUGGAGGUGGUGAGACUACAAGGGUGAUUGAAAAACCUGCGCCUACACCUACACCUACACCUGCUAAACCAGUUGCUGAACCGGAAAGGCCGACGUUGAAUAAACCGGGUGAGGAUGUCCCCAAUAAUAAUAUUCCAGCAAAUGAAGUCAACGAACCAGGAAAACAAUAG